UACUCGCGUUUUUUAUAUAAAUAUUUCAAUUGAUUUGUAUUUCUACCAGUUCACAGCAGUUUAUAUCUGACAGUAGUCUGCCUAAUGAAUAUUUGCAAAGAAAAAUAUAGAUAAGUACCUAUAAUGCAAAUAGUAAUUAUAAAUGGCACUCCGACAAAACAAAAGAUCCAGUGUGUUCCGAAAUCCUUCCGCUUUGCUUCAGUGUUUCUAAUAUCACUAUUAUCUCGUGACGCGCAUUAGUCGACGAUACACAUCAUAGGAAGGAGUUUAUUUCUCCUGCCUGUAAAGUGUCCCGGGUACGAUCAAGCCGUCAACCAUCCUCUUCUCACCUCAUUCUGUUUCUUUGUGGUUGCUGCUCAUUCACCCAAGUCAGCCAUACAAGUUCAGCGGAUGAAGAAACCGGAAAAAUCGAGUUGCUAAAUCACGUGAUCACUGGAGCGGGCUAAUUUACAUACGGCCCUCGGACAAAGUUGGUCGGGAACGGAUUCGGGACAAAGGGAAGCGGACAAGCAGUGAGUAUGAUUCGAGAUGUUAACUACGAAUGGAUAAAAAUCAUGAUUAGAGCUUCCUAAGAAUGGACGACAAGAAGCAGGUCAGUGUGCCCUUGGCCUUGCCCGAAAAUCAGGUCACCCAACCCCAAUCAAUGGAAGAAAGUUCAGAAUCGAACACAUUCAGCGGUCAGGAGCCGUGGAUACAAGGACAACCUCAUGGAAUUUCUUCACAUUAUCCCAUGAUCAGUAGACCUUCAGAAUAUUCAUUUAUCGAUCCUGCCAGAUCGUCAUCUUAUUCUCCACGAAUGGGAUCCCUUCCUUCUUCUUCUUCAAUAUCUACUUAUUCAUUUAAUCAACCACAUUCACAGAUGGAUACUCGUGGACAGGACUUGUUUAGUAAAUAUGUUACUAGUGCUUCGAAUUAUUCUGCGCCUCAUUUCCAAACAAGCGAACCGUUAGCUUCAAACAUUGCAUAUCAUUCUCCUGGUCCUCCUUAUCCCAAUACUUUUCAUGACAUUCACACUGAACCUCUAAGGCAAACACCAACUUCAGAAAGCCCAGUUUCUUUGACAGGUCAAGGGUUAUCAACUGGUGAAUUAAAAUCUAGACAUUUUGACAACAUUUCUCAUGCAAUUUCAACUACUAAUAAAGUAUCAAGUCCAGGAAUUUCUGUGUCGGACGGAUCAGAAAAAUUAAGCUAUAAAGCCUGGAGAAAAGAAAAUGGACAAGGACAACCAAAGAACAAAAGCCUACAAGAACCACAAAACGAACUUACAAGAGGUUAUAAUUCUUCAAUAACACAAGAGGAAAUGUUGUCACUAAAUAGAAAAUCAAAUGACGGUAAUUCACAGGAACAUUCUGAACAAAAAGGAAACGAAAACCUACUCACUGGUUCCAGAGAACAAAGCGGCCCUCCUUCGAGACCAUCGUCACACUUUUCGGCUUCUCCGGGACUUGAAAGUAGGCGUAUGCAAGAGUUAUGGUCGCAGAAUGAAAAGAUCCAAGACACAGUCGAGAGAGGAAAAUCUUAUUAUCCCCACCAUCGCAGUCAAAACACGGGAUUUUCAGAGCCACACUUUUCGUCUUCCAACUCACCAACACCUAAUAUGGCUCUUCCUCCUUUUGGAAAUCCAAAUUCCCUCCAAUACAAGUUGCCUCAAAACUUUAUGUCCCAUAUCGGGCAUCAACAGCAUAUGUUCCAUCCUGUUGCCAAUUCUGGGUUCCCAAGUCCAAAACAUAUGAAAAUGGAACAAGACUCCCCUAUUUCUGAAGCUAGAGCAAAUGUUGAGAACUCUUUCCAAGUGCCUUCUGUUUCAUCAACUACUCCAAGGCAAGUUCUUCCGUCAAUGGUAGCACCAGUAGAACAAUGGGAAGCAAUCAACAUUGCUAAUAUCCCACCUCCUCCAAUUACCCUUAUUCCUGAAGCCACUGAGAAACCAAAAAAGAAGAGAAAACGUUGCGGUGAAUGUCCAGGAUGCUUAAAAAAAGAUAACUGUGGCGAAUGUGGGCCUUGUAAAAGCGUUAGAAGUCAUCAAAUAUGUAAGAUGAGGAAGUGUGACCAACUUAAAACCAAGAAAGAAAGAGCCGCCAGCUCUGCUUCCAGUAGUAUGAUGAAAGAGAUUCCAAAGUGUGUUCAACCUGCAAUGGAAGAAAUGGGACGAAACCUAAAUGGUGAAACCACAGUAGUUUUCUCAGGCCAACAAGGUCCGGAGCAGCAACACAAUCCUCUGGAACAACAAAGGAUGCAACCCUAUUUAGCUCCAAACUAUAGUUUAGGAGGAGGUCAGAAACAAUCCCCACUUCAAGGAGAAAAACAAAUGUUUGAAAUUAAUUCACAGUAUGGUAAUUUUCAUCAAAAUCCACCACCAUCAUUAUCUUCUUAUAAUGGUCAUUUGCCUCCAACUGACAUUGGAGAGGGAAACCCGCUGUCAAUUAAUCUUAUAAAUGAAGAAGGAAUAAGUGAAUCGGGAAGGCAUCAGUUUAUGCAUAAUCAGCUUAAGUCUCUGAUGCACAAUCAUCAGAGCCAAGAGGAAGAGGCAUUUUCAGGACCAGGAUGUACAGAAUCAUAUCAGUUGGAAACAUCUGGAAAUCCUAGUGAUCAGCCAUAUGUUGAUAACCAAUCAUUGUCUCCUUCUCUAGUGCAUAGUCAGAACAUCCCUGGAGGAAGAAUUGGGCAUCCCUCAUAUAUGACUCCACCAGGAACAAUGUCUGGGCCAUUACCUCCUAUUUCUGAAGCAAUGCGUGCUUAUGCUCACCCAAGAGGAGGAAUGUCUCCACACUGGCAGUCUCGUGUAGCAUCAAGAGUAGAUGGAACAGGUCAAUUCUCAGCGCAUGAAACUUCAUUUAAAAGUUCAUUUUCAAAGGAAACAAAAGAAGAAAAUCCAGAAUGUGCAACAAAGGAAGAAACACAUCAAUUAGGAUAUCCAGGCACCACAAGUAACAAGCACAGUCCUUUGAAUGGGACCAGAUAUAGUGCCUUUUAUAGCCAAGAAGUUACACAGCAAGAAUGUAAAAGCAGUAAGGCCCCUCAUCAGCAUUCUGUUGAUAAUGUUGGUUUUGUCCAAGGCCAAUCUUCUUUUCCCAGUUACCCAGUACCAAGUACUGAAUCUCACACACACCAAUACACUCAACCACCUUCUCUUGUUUCACCUUUUAAAAGGCAAAACACCAAUUCAGCUUCAGUAUUUUCUCAUCAAGCAUCGCCAUCACAGACAUCACCUUCAAUGGCAGAGUUAACACCAGUAUCAGAAAGUUCAAAUGAUAACCAUCAAGAAGGCACCUUACCCCCAGACUCUGGGAAUGCGGGGACAUCAUUGAACGAGACUAGAGAGAACACUGUUAACGAAGAGUCAACAGAGCCGCAGCCUUUUUUAUUGAAUACGACCACAUCUAUGAAUACAUAUACAAAUAUUAUCAAUACAUAUAACUUCACUUCACCUGCAUCGUUUUGUUCAUCAUUGUACCCCUUUUUUUCCCCUGCUUUUGGAGUUACUACAACACCAUCCAAUGUGAUAACAGAAGUUGAUCCUUUCUCAGCAAGUAUAAACAGUAAAUUGCAGGGAUCUAGCAGUAUUAAGGGAGGUCUUGUUAUGUCAGACAUAGAUAGUGGUCGUAUCGAUGACUCAUAUGGGCAAAAUUUAUAUGGCAGUAAUCAUGCUGGCCUCCCUACUUUAUUUGCUUUCCCAACAGGAUAUAAUAUUGCCAGCCACCACAUAUUUGUUGAUCCCAGUCCUGCUACUUAAACAAUAUCCUUUUUCUAAUAGGUUGGCAGUGUCUGUUUCAAAAUAAUUAAUUAUGUGUGUCCAUCAGCAUUGGGGUAUUUCCUGUAACAACUUCAUUAUACAUUGUUGUUAUAUGUCUAUGAAUGUAUUAUAUUCUCUUGCUGAGACAAACAUAAUAUUCUGCAUAGUUCAGGAUACAGGAGGUUGUGCCAAAUUUUCAAAUGUUCAUGAGCAUGUAAAUGUUGUGCGUGCAUUAAGAUACUUUUAGAAGAAUGGGAUUUUAAGAUUUCCAGCAUAGAAAUGUGUAAUAUGUCACAUUUCAUGCCUUUAGGUAUUUUAAUCCCAUAUAAAUUGUGUUUCAAGUUUAUUCUUUAGUUUGUUUGUUUUUUUGUUUUAUAACUUUGUUUUUCGAUUCAGUCAGAAAUGUUACAGUUUAUUGAGUUUAUUCUUGGAGACAAUUGAACCCAGUUUUCUGACUGAAAAUGUUCUUCACUGAAACAUCACGGGUAUUUCAAAGUCUGUAGUCCUAAAUCAAUGCAGUUUUUUUUUUUUUGCUCAUGUUCAAUGUAUGCCUUUUUAUUUCUUUGGUUAUGUUUUCUACCUCAGUAAUUACUCCUUACUUUUUAUCGUUAAUUUAGUAUUGCGCUGACUCUAUGUGUAAAGGUCACAUAAUAGCAGAAUUGUAAAGUUUCUGUAGUUACUCAGGGACAGUGGGGGGAUUAAAGAAUAUUGAUAUUGGCAAGUGGUAUAUUAACUAUCAAAAUUUACAUUUCUUAUAAAAUGGAUUAUUUAAUUGUGUACCACAUUAUAAUCUUACAUUUUUUUUGUCUUAUGGUAUUAUUUUAUUUGUUUAUUAAGUCUAAUUUUUUACAGAUGUACAAUGAAUAUUCUACCGUUUCAGCAUUUACACUGAUGUGCCAUAAUGUCUGACUUAUGAACAUGUAUGUGAAUUGUCUUCAGAAAAAUAAAAAGAUAAAAGUGA